AUGGUUCCUAAACACUGCAAAUCCAUCUCAUCUGGGAUCCUGGUUAAAGAUCUAUUGAAGGAGAUGAUCGAUGAAGAUGUGGAUGAUAUUAUCCAUAUGGAGAAAUGUGGGAAUAUUAACGUUUAUUGGAGUUUUAAGGGACAGGCUUUAUGGAAACAGUAUCAGUUAUGGGAGGGCCUUGUAUCUUCAGUUAAUGCUUGCCAGAAAGAAAUCGAGUCAAAGAAGAUGAUGUUGGAAAAAGCAAUGCGGGAGGAAUACUGCGAUGAAAUUGAAGGUACCACUUUUAAAAGGAAUUGUUGUUUAAUUGAAUUGAAGAAAUUGGAUGAGGAAUGUAAAUGCUUGAAAAAGGAAAUUGAGAAAUUGCAAACUGUGAGGUGGGAUCAAGGUAAAAUCGUGGAGGAAAUUGAAAUUAAGAAGGAAAAUUUGAUCAAAUUGGAGACCAUUACAGAUAAUAUUGAACUUUUAAUUGAAUAUCUUGUUAAAAAAUUUAAUGUUGACUCCAGCCAAAUUAGGAAAGAGUUUAAUAUUCCAGAUGAAUUCAAAGAGUUUAUGAAUAUUAAUUAA